AUGCGAUCUGUAUCUGCGGAUCCAGCUCCAGACCACGACAUCGAGAUUGGCAGUUCCCGUCUGAGCGGACCUUUCCACAUCCACUGCAGACGAGCGGCGGACGGUCAGCCCGAGACCAUCGUCCAGAGUGUUAGUCUGAAGACGCGAUUGUUUGGACAGAGUCACUGGGGCGUCAGUGGAUUCUCUUUUAUUCGAGACAUCUUGACCAUGCUCGAACCCCACCUCAGCCAAGAGUCGUCCAAGGCAUGGAUUGGCUUGGAGAAGUGCAAGGCGCUGUCCAGGUGCAUCAAGGUGCGACGUGCGAAAUCCUUACCCUCGCAUCCGACUCCCAACUUGCCUCCCCGAGAACUCGUCGACCAGCUCGUCGAUGCCUACCUUCGCACCACCGAGUCAAUUUAUCGGAUUCUCCAUGUGCCUACCUUUCGCAGACAGUACAACGCACUCUGGUUGAGCGACAACCAACUAGCAGAUGUGGGAUUCGCCGCCCAGCUCAGGCUCGUGCUGGCCAUCGGCGCAGUCACAUACGACGAUACAUUUUCCCUACGCUCCUCCGCCUUGCAAUGGGUGCACGAGGCCCAGCUUCUAGUGGCACAGUUGAAGUUUAAAUCGGCGCUGACCAUUCAGGCCCUUCAGAAUAACCUCCUUCUGCUAUUUGCGCAAGAGCGCCUAAAUACAGGGGGGGAGUCAGCCUGGGUGUCCUUGGGCACCCUCGUUCGGAAAUCCAUGUACAUGGGCCUCCACCGUGACCCCGGAAAUCUCCGCCAAUACUCGUUUCUCAUGGUGGAAAUGCGUCGCCGGAUCUGGAACACCAUUCUGGAGGUAAAUCUUCAGGCUAGUUUGUCAUCUGGUGGGUCACCACUGAUCACACUGGGCGACUUCGACGCAGCCCCUCCGGGCAACUUUGAUGACGAGCAGCUGGAGGCGACCGAUCCUGUGGCAAGUGUUGGAUUCACUAAGACCUCCAUCACGAUCGCGCUCCGCCGAACGUUCCCUCAACGGCUCGCGGUCGUCAAGUUUCUGAACGAUCUGGGCUCGCCCCAGACCUAUGAUGAGACGCUCCGUCUAGACGCCGAGUUGCGCGAAGUGUACCGAGAGCUAAUUCACACACUACGUCCGGGAAGCCAGUAUAUCAGCCCGCAGGGCCCGGCCCCACUGGAAAUCCAGAUGGUGGACUUCCUCAUGCACCGAUAUCUUUUGUCCUUACACGCCCCAUAUUUCGGGUCCGGCCUGCACGGUGCGGAAUUUGCUUUGUCCAAGAAGACCGUGGCCGAGUCCUCGCUACGUUUAUGGCUUGCGGCCUGUCCGUCACCGCUAAUGGGUGGCGUGGAGGAAUUUCAGCGGUUGGUGACCUGCAGCGCGGGCUUCUACCCCACGGUGACCUUGCAUGCGGCCGUCUUGAUUGCGGUAGAGCUACGAAUGCAAUUGCAGGAGGAUACAAAUCUAUUUCCCAUGCCCCUGCGACCCGAUUUACUCGCCGUUUUGGAGGAGGCGAAGGCAUGGUACCUGCGAAUGCUGGAGGCAGGGGAAACGAACGUGAAGGGAUAUUUUCUUAUCAGUGGGAUGGCAGCGCAGAUCCAGGGCCUGUUAAAGGGCCUGCAGAGAGAUGAUAUGGUCGAUCUCCUAAUACAAGAAGUCGAGAAUGUGGAAGCAAAAUGCCUGCCGAUUCUCGAACGCUUGAUGGCCGCACUACCCGAGCAGCGAGUGGAUGAGCCACCCGACAUCCGGGACGAUUGGGAGUUCGCAGUGAGUAGUUGGCCCUUGAAAUGCUUUCUUGCUGACCACUAA